AUGAGAGUGAAAAAACUCUCACUUUUGAAAUGUCAUUUUUUAAAUGACUAUGAAAUCUUGCUUACAUCUCUUUUUGUCUUUUUGGUUCUAAUUAGCAGUGGAUUAAUUACAAUUUCCUGGAUAGCAAUCAAGGAAUCUGGAGAAGAUACUAUAUUUGGCAAGAGUCAUGAAGUCAGAGGAAUGUUUAAAAUAGUAUCUGGAGCAACAUAUACUCCAAGUUUAGAAGACAAAUUAUCAACUGAUUUCAAAGUUCUUGCUUAUGACCUUCAGCAAAUGGUAGAUGAAAUAUUUCUAACAAGUCAUUUGAAGGAUGAAUACAAAGGUUCUAAAGUUUUGCAGUUCAAAAAUGGCAGCGUUUUAGUCAUAUUUGAUCUUUUCUUUGCCAAAUGGGUGUCAGAUGAAAACACUAAGAAUGAGCUGAUUCAAGGAAUUGAAGCAAAUAACCAAUUGAUGCCUUUCCACAUUGAUUUGAGCAGCAUAUAUGUUACAGGUGCUGACAAACUUACAACUAGCAAUCCUCCAACAACCAAAGUUGAAUGCCUCCCUGGUUCAAAACUUUGCACUGAUACUCUAAACUGUAUAUCUGAAGAACUGUUUUGUGAUGGAGAACCAAACUGUUCUGAUGCUUCGGAUGAAAGUAGUAGAAUUUGUGCUACAGCUUGUGAUGGAAAUUUUAUGUUGACUGGUUCCACUGGAUAUUUCCAUUCACUUAAUUAUCCAAAACCUCACAAUUCAAAUAAUUUUUGCCAGUGGAUUAUACGCGUGCAUCAAGGCUUUUCCAUUAAGCUGAAUUUCAGUACUUUUGAUACCUAUUACUCAGACAUGUUAAAUAUUUAUGAAGGCAUAGGACCAAACAAAAUUUUAAGAGCUUCCCUCUCAGGACCUAAUCCAGGAACAAUAUACAUUUUUUCUAAUCAAGCAACUGUUAAGUUCCUUAUAGAUUCUGAUGAAAAAGAUUAUAUUGGCUUUAAUGCAACAUAUACUGAAUUUAACAGCAGUGAACUCAAUAAUUUUGACAAAAUUAACUGUAACUUUGAGGAUGGAUUUUGUUACUGGAUCCAAGAUCUAAAAGAUGAUAAUCAGUGGGAAAGAGUUCAAGGAAAUACUUUUCCCCCUAUGACCGGACCAGAUUAUGAUCAUACAUUGGGCAAUUUUUCAGGAUUUUAUAUUUCUACCCCAACGGGGCCAGGAAGUAGAAAAGAAAGAGUUCGCCUUUCAAGUCUCUCUUUAAUUCCCUCUUCAGAUCCAGUUUGCCUUAGCUUCUGGUAUUACAUGUAUGGUGAAAAUGUCUACCGUUUAAGCAUUAAUAUCAGCACCAAAUAUGAUGUGGAAAAGACAAUUUUUCAUAAAGAAGGAAAUUAUGGCAACACUUGGAACUAUGGACAAGUAACAAUAAAUGAAAAAGUUGAAUUUGAGGUUCUUUUUGAUGCUUAUAAAAAUGGGUACUUGAGUGAUAUUGCCUUGGAUGACAUUAGUCUAGCAAAUGGGAUUUGCAAUAAGAGUCCAUAUCCAGAACCAACCCUGGUGCCAACUCCACCACCAGAGCUUCCUACUGACUGUGGAGGCCCUCAGGAACUUUGGGAACCAAAUACAACAUUUUCUUCUAUGAAUUAUCCAAAUAACUACCCCAAUCAAGCUUUCUGUGUCUGGUACUUAAAUGCUGAAAAAGGAAAGAACAUCCAACUUCAUUUUGAAAUAUUUGACCUAGAAAAUGUUGCUGAUGUUGUUGAAAUCAGAGAUGGUAGAGGUGACAACUCCACAUUAUUGGCUGUGUACACAGGUUUAGGCCCUGUAAAGGAUGUAUACUCCACUACAAACCAGAUGACUGUGCUUUUCAUCACUGAUGAAUUACUAAAUAAAAGAGGGUUUUUGGCCAAUUUCACUACUGGAUAUCACUUAGGAAUGCCAGAACUCUGCAAGCAAAAUGAAUUUCAAUGUAUGAAUGGAGAGUGCAUUCCAACUGCUAAUGUUUGUGAUAAUUAUCAACAUUGUACUGAUGGUUCAGAUGAAACACAUUGUGUUCAGCUAGUCAAUGGCACACUAAGUGUUGAUGGCUUGGUACAAUUUAGGAUUCACAACGAAUGGCAUGUGGCUUGUGCGGAAAACUGGACCAAUCAGCUUUCAAAUGAUGUUUGCCACUUAUUAGGAUUAGGGAAUGUAAAUACAUCAUCACAACUUUUUUCAACUGGUGGUGGACCAUUUGUCAAACUAAGUAUAGGUUUAAAUGGCAGUUUAAUCCUAAUGCCCAGCGAAAAAUGUUUUAAUGAUUCACUAAUUCACUUAUUCUGCAAUCCUAAACCUUGUGGAAAACAACUAGUAGUUCAAGAAAACAACCAUAAAAUUGUUGGUGGGAAUAAUGCCAGGGAAGGGGCAUGGCCUUGGAUGGUUUCCCUGUUUUACAAUAAACGCCUUUUGUGUGGUGCUUCUCUUAUUAACAAUGAAUGGUUGGUCUCUGCAGCACAUUGUGUAUAUGGGAGGAAUUUAAUACCAUCACAGUGGGAAGCAAUCAUGGGCCUUCACUCUACAUUGAAUCUGACAAAUUCUCAAACAGUAAUUCGAGUGAUUGAUCAAAUUAUCAUAAAUCCACAUUACAACAAGCGGACAAAAGACAGUGACAUUGCCCUGAUGCAUCUUGAAUUCAAAGUGAAUUACACAGAUUACAUACAGCCUAUUUGCCUACCUGAAGCAAUUCAAGUCUUUCCUCCAGGAAUGAACUGUUUUAUUGCUGGCUGGGGUAGAAUAAUACAUCAAGGCUCUACUGCUACCAUACUACAAGAAGCCCAAAUCCCUCUUAUAUCAAACGAGAAAUGUCAACAACAAAUGUUGGAAUACAUUAUUACUGAAAAUAUGAUAUGUGCAGGCUAUGAAGAAGGAGGAGUUGAUUCCUGUCAGGGAGAUUCUGGUGGGCCAUUAAUGUGCCAAGAGAAUAAUAGAUGGUUUCUUGCUGGUGCUACUUCAUUCGGAUACCAAUGUGCACUGCCUAAUCGUCCUGGGGUAUAUGUUCGAAUACCAAAGUUUGUAAAAUGGAUAAAAAGUUUUACAUCACCAAUGUUAAGCAGAAAAAUCUUGCUUUGAUAGUUUCUUCAUGCUAUGUUAAUUUAUACUUCAGAUCUUCUUUGUGUAUACUUCCUCCCCUGGUACAUCCAUGCCUUCUUUAUCAUUUUCAUCCAUACCCUUUAUAAAGAACAAAUAGCCCUUCCCUUCAUUUUGUUUCAAUACCAUUGUAACAUAUAAGUUGUCAUUUUUGGCACCAUUUAUGCUUUCUACACAAUAAGCCAACCUCCUUUUCUGGUCAUGCAUGAUUUUUUAAUUAAUAUGUCUACUCAAGUUGAACUUCGUCUUCUCUCUUUAUACAAAGUUAGCAUUUUCACUUCAGCACUGUUAAAAUUAAAAACUUUAAGUCCACAUAUUAAAAUAUGAUGUACCCAGGUUUUGAUUAUGACAUAAUAUCAAGGACCUUCUUCUCUGUUGUUCUUAUUUAAACAUAAGAUAAAAAGAUCUCUGUUGAUCUAAAUUUUUUAAAUAAGUAAAACAAUGAUAUUUGUAAUUUUUACAUUCUCUCAACUCCAGAUAUAAUAUACUUAUUAUUCUUCAGUCAUUUUAUCUAUUAAUUUAAAAUAAUGACUAAAAAUUCAUUGUAAAAUUGGCCAAAGAAGGAUCACUGUAUCACAAGUGAAUUCUCAUUAAU